UAUAGUUUCUGAAAUUAAGAAAAAGGAACGAAAAAAAUAGAUGGCCUUCUCAAUAGGUGCUACUACUACGAGUAGCAGAAGCAUGAACAAUGGCGUGACCACAGUGGAUUGCCACAAACAAGUUCGAUCAUGGAGGCUCCUACGUUACCUGGUGGCACUCCUUAUCCCAACAUGUAACUGCAUUGAACAAAAAGAAGAAAAGUUUGAGCACAAGAAAAUCAUGAGCAACAUCACAGGCACAAUUUUCGGUUACCGGAAGGGGAAGGUAAGUUUCUGCAUCCAAUCGAAGUCGAACUCAUCGGAACCGAUUCUCCUUCUUGAAUUGGCGGUUCCAACGACGAUCUUGGCGAAGGAAAUGCGAGGAGGAACGCUGAGAAUAGUUCUUGAGAGUAGUUGCAGUUAUAACAAGAAUCUGUUUUCGACGCCGCUUUGGACGAUGUAUUGCAAUGGAAGGAAAGUUGGUUACGCCGUUAAUCGAAGACCGUUGAAUUCUGAUAUGGAAGCGUUAAGGUUGAUGCGUUCUGUUUCAGUUGGAACUGGCGUUAUAAAUAAUGAACAAGAUAAUGAGCUUAUGUAUCUAAGAGCAUCGUUUCAAAGGGUUCGUGGAACUUCAAAUUCUGAAUCUUUUCAUUUGAUUGAUCCAGAGGGGUGCAUUGGACAGGAGCUAAGUAUCUUCUUUUUUCGCUCACCCACAUGAU